AUGCAAACUUCACCCUCUCUUCGUAGAUACCCCAACAUUCUCCUAACAGGCACUCCCGGAGUUGGAAAGACAAUCCUAUCAGAAGCUGUUAUUAACUCUCUAAAAGAAAAAUUUAAUCUCACGAAUUAUGUCUAUUUAAACGUUUCCGAAAUUGCAAAGAAGGAACAAUUCCUCGAAGAAUACGAUGAAGAAAGAGAUACACAUGUCUUGGAUGAAGAUAAAUUGUUAGACUACUUGGAAGAGCAGUUAUCCGAUAUGGAAAAAGGCUACAUUCUGGAUUAUCAUAGCAGUGAAUUAUUUCCUGAACGGUGGAUUGAUUAUGUGAUUGUUCUUCGAUGUGAAACAAAUAUUUUGUUCCAACGCUUGCAAAAGAGAGGUUAUGCUGAUAAGAAAGUACAAGAAAAUGUAGAUUGUGAAAUUUUUCAAGUAUGUCUAGACGAAGCUGUGGAAAGUUACAAACCUGAAAUAGUUUUUGAAAAGCAAAACUGUACAAUAUUGGAUCUUAAUAAUAACGCUGAAUUCAUUGUUGGAUUGAUUCAAAACAAGUUGCAACAACAAUCAAACAAUUGUUAA